AUGGGUGUUGUCCCUCAUGCAAACAAUCUACUGAAGGAUGACCCCUACUACACUAGUCAAAUGUUGUUACAAUUACAAUUUUCAGAUGAUCCACAAACACAAGGCUGCGAUCCAAAUGUUUCCAACUGUUUGCCUGAUGGACGAUAUGCGCCGGUUCAAUGCAAGGGCGAUCGAUUUACGGGCAGGUGUUUCUGUUCGGACCCCAAAGGUAGAAGAAUAUUUGGACAAAUGUGGAGGGAUCAGGCGCAGAAUAUGACCUGUGCGUGCAGUCGUAGAAGAGCUGAACUGGAAGCAGAAGGCAAGGUCGUGACACUUCAUUGUUCAGCAAAUGGUGAUUACGAACAACUGCAAUGCAAUAGUGGAAUGUGCUGGUGUGCACAGGCCAGAGAUGGACAGCCAAUCGUCACACCUGUCCACGAGGAAGAUAUGGAACGCCUUCCAUGCUAUUGUGCACGGGACAACAUGAUAUUCUUCCCAGAGCGUGGAAUGACAUUGACUGAAACUUGUCAAGCGAACGGGAACUACAGCCCUAAGCAGAGCGCGGGAUCCGUCGACUACUGCGUGGAUUCAGACGGGUAUCAGACCAAAGUACUUGACGAACCUGGUGAAUGUCCAAGCCAUGCCACAACAUAA